GAGCCGGGGCUCGAGCGCACCAGGGACUUAUCUGGGCAAAGGGGGUAGCACCUGCCCUCCAGCGACCCCGGCAGCCAGCAGCGGGAGGCAGCCCAGCACUCCCCAGUCCCGUCCCAGCAGUGCCCAAAGCUAUUCCCCGAAGGAGCGGAGGUGCUCCCACCCAAGGCUACCCAGGCGGAUCGUCCGCAUCGUCCCGAACCCGAGCUCGCGUCCGCUCCGCGUCUCCAGUCUCUCUGUCCUUAGACCUUCCGACGCACCCUGGCAUGCGAGGCUCCUUCAUUUUACGCCAGUAGUAACCUUGACUAAAAGGAAAGACUUUAACAUGUCGUCGGAAUUUUGGCUGAUUUCUGCCCCUGGAGAUAAGGAGAAUUUGCAGGCUCUGGAACGGAUGAACACAGUAACCUCCAAGUCUAAUCUAUCCCACAACACAAAAUUUGCCAUUCCUGACUUCAAGGUGGGGACCUUGGAUUCUCUUGUUGGUCUCUCAGAUGAGUUGGGGAAACUUGAUACCUUCGCUGAAAGCCUUAUAAAGAAGAUGGCUCAGUGUGUAGUAGAAGUUAUGGAAGAUGCAAAAGGCAAAGUUUAUGAGAACCUGUUGGCCAAUGGAGUUGACUUAACUUCUUUUGUGACCCGAUUUGAAUGGGGCAUGGCCAAGUAUCCUGCCAAGCAGCCGCUUGUGCCCGUAGUGGACACAUUGGCAAAGCAACUGGCACAAAUAGAAACAGAUCUGAAAGCUCGAACAGCUGCCUACAACACUCUGAAAGGAAAUCUGGAGAAUCUGGAAAGGAAAUCCACGGGAAAUCUCUUCACUCGGACAUUAGCUGAUAUUGUGAACAAAGAAGAUUUUGUGCUUGAUUCAGAGUAUCUCAUCACUCUCCUGGUGAUAGUUCCAAAGCCAAACUAUUCACAGUGGCAAAAAAGAUAUGAAUCUCUCUCAGACAUGGUUGUACCUCGAUCAACCAAAUUGAUUGCUGAAGAUGAUGAGGGAGGCCUCUUUACAGUCACGAUGUUUCGGAAGGUGAUCAAUGAUUUCAAAGCCAAAGCCAAAGAAAACAAGUUCAUUGUCCGUGAAUUUUUCUAUGAUGAAAAAGAAAUUAAAUCUGAAAGGGAAGAGAUGACUAAAUUGCUCUCUGAAAAGAAGCAACAGUAUGGUCCCCUUUUGCGGUGGCUGAAGGUGAACUUCAGUGAAGCAUUUAUUGCCUGGAUUCACCUGAAGGCUUUGAGAGUAUUUGUUGAAUCUGUGCUAAGGUAUGGACUACCCGUGAAUUUUCAGGCAGUGCUUUUACAACCCCAUAAGAAGGCCACAAAACGUUUGAGAGAGGUUCUAAACUCGGUCUUCAAACACCUGGAUGAAGUAGCAGCAGCAAGUAUAUUGGAUGCUUCUGUGGAUAUUCCUGGAUUACAACUAAAUAACCAAGAUUAUUUUCCUUAUGUCUACUUUCACAUUGACCUUAGUCUUCUCGACUAGUUUUUAACAGCCCGGUAACUCUAGAAAUUGUUUUAUUUCAUCAAAUUAAACUUUAGGUGCUGUCUUCUCUAAGUUAAAGAACUGUUACAAAAUUAACUUCAGAAUAGCAAUUACUUUUUUUAAAAAAUGGCCUACAAUUUAGAAUGUUACCACAAAAAUUACUCACAAAAAUUAGUUAUGGUUGUAUUUAUUUUUUGUAAGUUACAAUAAAGAAAAGCUCCCAUGUCUUAAAAAAAACAAAAAAAACAA